AUGGUCUCAAGGCGUCGGGAAAAGAUUUUCAUGAACCACAAGAAGCUGCGACGCAUUUAUGUGGAAAAGAAGCUCCAAGUGCGCCGAAGAGGUGGCCGCAAACGUGCUUUGGGCACACGACGGCCCAUGGAAGUGCCUGAUGGGCCAAACCAACGCUGGUCAUUAGAUUUCGUGUCUGACGCUUUUACAGACGGACGACGUUUUCGUAUCCUGACAGUGGUUGAUGAUUUCAGCAAAGAGAAUGUUCUGCUCGUUCCCGAUACGUCAAUUUCAGGAUUGCGCGUGACAAGAGAAUUGGACCAGGCUUUUUACGAACGCGGGGCACCAAAGACGAUUGUUUCGGAUAACGGAACUGAGUUCAUCAGCAUGGCGGUCCUAAAAUGGAUGCAAGAUAACGGCAUCGAUUGGCAUUACAUCCAGCCGCGCAAGCCCACGCAAAACGCAUUCAUUGAAAGCUUUAACGGGAAACUGCGAGACGAAUGUCUAAAUGAAACGCUCUUUGCAUCCCUGAACGAUGCACGCGAGGAACUGGCCAAAUGGCAGGACGAUUACAACAAUUGCAGGCCACACUCAUCAAUCGGAAACCUAACACCAUCAGAAUUUGUGGAGAAAAUUAAUGUAGACAAACAGGCCCCAUGA